AUGGAGAAGAAGGCUAAGCAUCGGCAUUCUCGCGACCAGCCCGAGAGCCAUGCUCGCUGCAGCCACUGCGGUGUGGAAGCUGGGCCAGGGCGCUGGGAGAAGCGGAACCUCUACGAAGUUGUGGAACAUAUGGUCAAACCCAUGUGUGCCGAGCUGCAAGUCAGCUACGUCGAGCUGCUGCGACGUGGGCCUGAAG